AUGACUUCUAUGACAGGUCCAGAAUUUACCGAAUUUCGUGAAUUAUUUGCUAAGGCACGUUCAGUGUUGGUUUUAACAGGUGCAGGAAUAUCUGCUGAAUCUGGUGUUCCAACAUUUCGAGGAAGUGGUGGUUUUUGGCGAACAUAUCAAGCUACAGAUUUGGCUACGCCAGAAGCUUUUAAACGAUCACCAUCACUUGUUUGGGAAUUCUAUCAGUAUAGACGAGAACUUAUGCGAACUAAAGAACCCAAUAAGGGUCAUUUUGCAUUGGCCGAAGCUGAAAAACGUUUUGAAAGCGAAGGAAAACGAUUUGUUCUCGUUACUCAGAAUAUUGAUGGACUCCAUCGACAAGCAGGUUCUCAAAAUUUGAUUGAAAUGCAUGGUCGUCUUUUUACAACUCGAUGUACCUCAUGUGGUUUUACGGAAGAUAAUUAUGAUAGUCCGAUUUGUGAAGCUUUACGAAAUCGAGGAUCACCAGAUCAGGCUGGUGCUGAAAUUCCAAUAAAAGAUCUUCCUAGUUGUCGUCAAUGUCAAUCUCUUGUUCGUCCUAAUGUUGUUUGGUUUGGUGAAGCACUUGAUCGUGAUAUUGUAAAAAAAAUCGAUGAAGAAAUCGCAAAAUGUGAUCUUUUCUUAGUUAUUGGAACAUCAGCUGUUGUUUAUCCUGCUGCGGCAUAUGCUUCAUGGAUUGCAAGACGUGGCGUUCCCGUAGCUGAAAUCAAUAUUGAAUCAACUCCAUCUACAUCUGUUUCAACGUUUCAUUUCGAAGGUCCUUCUGGUGAAUUACUUCCGAUUUUGUUAGCACCGACUACAGAUGAUAAAUCACAUAAAGAUUCUUGA